AUGUCCAUAGAAACCCUCCCUCAGAGAUGGGUUGCUGCUUGGUCCGCCGACGAUGCGGCCGCCUUUUCCCAUCUGUUCGCCCCGAAUGCUAUCUACAUCGAUUACGGUUCCCAGCUGCAUAGAACCCGAAUGGACAACCACCACAAGUCAUGGCGCAAAGCCAACCCCAAUUUCACGGCGGUGCUUGACCCAUCCACACCCAUUUGGUGGGCCAAAGGCGAUAUUGUGGACGGAAAAGUCAGGACGAGCUGCGCGUUCAGGGUAAUAAUGAACGGAACUUUUAGGGGGUCCCUACCUCUGAAGCCGGCGACGGGAACGGACUGGCACAUGGUAGCAAUGGUCAGCAUGGAGAUCGAAGAUGGUUUGAUUGUGAGGCUGGGGGAAUUCUACCGGGAUUCCUUCGAGAAGGGUGUUCCCGAAGACGAGUUUCUUGGAGACGUAAACAAACGAGAUAGGGCUAUGUUAGAUAGAAAGUGUGUUUGGUCAAAGAAGAUCUGGCUAGGAAGAUUCAUUUCUGGGACCAGCCAACCAAUCUCGUCACCCACGUCCUCGACAACUCAUCAAUCAAGCGGGUCCUACAUCUCAUCGGCCGCAUCGACAGCAGAUGAAUCUUGGACCCUACGUAAUGUAAACUCAUCUGCCCACCAGCAGCUGCGGGAUGAGGCGACUAGCCUCGCUUACCCUAGUUAUUCCUUUCUCCAAGCACCUACAAUCCGUUCGAUAUUUGAUCAGAAUCGAGAAAUCCUUAUUGCGCAAGGAUGCUUCACCCUUCCUCAGAGGCCGAUUCUUGAUGAAUUUAUUCGGCAUUACUUUCUACACGUCCAUCCUAUGCUGCCUAUGGUCAAUGAAGCCGAGUUCUGGGCCGUAUAUGACGGCAAGCGCCCGCACAACGACACGGCCGGCAAAGUGCCCAUGAUAAUCUUGUAUGACUUCAAUUGCGAACCAUCUCCGGUUGCCAUUGCACAAGCUGCCAUCCUCCUUUCACGCUCUCACCUCACACCGCUUGAUCAUACGGAAUCGGCACGCGUGGGUUCCAGGUGGCUCAACAUUGCCAUCUUUCAGGCUAGGGAGGCCCAAACAGACCAGUACCAGUCGAUUCCCGCUGUUGGAUGCCAGCGGAGUGCAGGCCAAGUCUCGUCGAGGAAUUGUCUCAAGCGCCUAUGGUGGUCCUGCAUCAUUCGGGACCGUGUGAUGCCCCUGACUUCCCGCCGGCGCAUCAAUAUUGAUUAUUCGGACUUUGAUUUUGGCUGCAGCCCUAUGCUUGGACAUUCAGACGUGGCUGAAGAGAUACAUUUGUCCAGGGUGUAUACCCCAACAACCAACUCAUUUCUGUCAGACAUACUGGUGGAGCUGGUCAAACUCUACGUGGUACUGACGGAUAUUCUUGCAAUGGUGUCGGCUCUCCAGCACAGCUCAAGGCCAUUUUUUUCUCGGGUCGAUGCCGUGAUAGACAAUAUCAGGGAGUGCAAAUCUGCCCUUCAACAGUGGCAGACCACCGCCCAGUGCCCAAAGACGAAACUGGACAGCCAAGAAGCUCAAGAUGCUGCUCCCUCAGCUGCAUCAAGAGAUUCGCUCACCUUGUUCACGAGGGUAGAGGAAGCACUGCGUCGGGUCACAGAGUGCCUGGAAGAAUUGGUACGCCUGCGUCUUGCCCAGUGGCUGCCAUUGAGCGUCAUCGGCUGCACUGCCUUUCCUUUGGCCCUCCAAGCCCUAGACACCAAGUUGCGCCAGGAUUCCUGGACCAGUUUGAUUCCGAACUGCAGCACCAUGCCGCCGGGUUGUGGCAGUCAACCCCAGAUCGACGUUCUAGUUCAGGUUAUCAAGGCGUGUAGGCCACGACACACGGCUGUUGAAUGGGUAAUUGAAGCUGUCAAGUGUAAUGUCACAACAGCAUAUGAAUGCUUUCGGGCGAGGCAAAUCCGAUCAGGAGACUCACAAACUUUGACAAGAUGGACCCAGAUUCUCCGCCUGAAACCCAGACAGUAUCUGUGCCUGGUGACGGCGAUGGACUUAGCUUCAGCAGAGGAAAACUACCGGGCAAAGGGGACUCCUACCAGCCUCGAUGACAUAUUUCCGAAUCCUGUUUUCAUCGCAGAGUCAGGAGAUGGCAAACAUGACGCGAUCCUGGGCGCCCAACACGUGCCAGACGUUGAUAGUAUGGGGAUACUUGGAGGCCUUGUAUGUUUGAACCUGAAUUCAGAUGCGGCAGGGAGGCAUACGCAGAAAUCGGCUCAAACCCCGAUGCUGAGAGAUAUUCGGGAUGGUACCAGGAUGGAAUGCACAUUGAAGGAUCCCGGCUCAGAGAUGGACCUGCACUGUACUAGGGCCCAGCAGAGAAUUAGCGGAGUGCUGCGUCGGGGCCGAGAGGGGAUUUAUGUUGGUUAUUGCAUGGGAGAUGACAAGGCAUCCGCGUCGGGUCCGGAUCGGAGUCUAACGCGUAACGUUAGCCUAUUCCUAGGCCGGUCUGGGUCAGAGGAGGGGCACGCUACAGAGCUACAGUACUGUACGCCGGGACGCGACGCGCUUUCAAACAAUCUUACGCGCCACGGCAUAACAUGGGUCAUCCAGCGCGACUCAAACAGACCCCAGCUUCAAAUUUACACGUGA